AUGGCAGUAUCAGCUCCGAAUGUGAUCUUUUUUGAUAUGUUUGGGAAGGCUGUAUGCUCUGCUCUUUGCAUGAACAUAGCCAUUGUUGGCUUAAAUCAAGUUUAUGAUAGAAAGAUUGAUAUGCCUUAUCUACCUCUUGCUAGUGGAGAGUUCAAUGCAAGCACUGCACUCUUUAUUAUUGCUUUUUCUGUUUUGAUUUCUAUGUUGCUUGGGGUCUACAGUGAUUCCACACCUCUUAUUUGUACUCUAGUUUCAAGCCUCGCUUUCGGCGUGAUGUAUUCUGUUGAUAUCAGAAUGCUUCGUUGGAAGGAGAAUCCAUUUCUUGCCACCAGUUGCAUACUAAUUGUGAGGGCAUUGAUUGUGCAAAUAGGUUUUUACUGCCAUGCGCUUGGAAGUGGCUUCCUUGGAAUUGAGCUAAGAAGGAAUCUCAUUUUCUCGAUAUUUUUUAUGUGCAUUUAUUCUAUAGUCAUCGCACUAUUCAAAGACAUACCAGAUAUAAUGGGUGAUGCACAAGAGGGAAUUCAAACGCUUAGCGUUCAAUUUGGGGUGUGA